UAUAUUAAUUUAUAUGAACGAAUUUCCUGAAUAAAUAGAUAUUUCGAAACUUAGAAUAGAUUUAGGUCAAUAAUGGAAUGAAAUCGAAUUGGAAGUGUUUUUAAAGAGUAUGAUUGAAUGAAUAAGUUGAUUGUAGUCUUUAGACAAUAAUAAUUGGCAGGAGUUGGCAGAAUGCAAGAGACCUUGAGACAGCUGGGAUAUCAACGAACAACAACAAAUUUAUUGUCUGUGUAUAAGAAGGUAAGAUUAAUUAUGGAUGAAGAAUAAAAACUUCUUGGAAUCCAAUCAAAAUUGUACCGCCCAUGACUUGUAUCUGAUAUUACGAGAUCAUUAUGAAUAAAAUGAAUCCUGUGAUAUGCGAACUAUUAAGAAGAUUAAGAAAAAUUAAAAUUGUACACAUUAUUGCAUAAACACAAGAUCGUAAGUCUAUUCCUUAAAAAUUUGAUAUCAAUGAUAAUACAUAGGAUAUGACCUAUUAUUUCAGUUAAACCUAAUGCUUCAAUAACCAAAGUGUUUAUGAUAACAAAAACAUAAGUCAAAAUGUAUGUAUUUUUAAUUUAAAUUCAAGUUUUGUAAAUGGAUUUAACAUGAAUAUUUUUAUUCACAUUUAGAUUACACUUAUUUUAGUCUAAACGAAUUUCAAUAGAUGUUAACUAAAGCCAGUAUUCCCUUAGGAUCCAAAUCAAUAGCUGAAUGGAGGAUAAUUAAGAUGGUAGAAAUUCAUUUCAUAUCCUUAGGCAGUAGGAUAACCUAGAAGAUUUUCUUUUUAUUUCCUUCAAUAAGAAAUGAGUAAGUUAACUAAAUAUCGAUCCGUUAUUCGAAACUAUCUAUUUGAUUAGAACUAUCCAAUUCAUAGAGACAUCAGAAAUCUAGAUCUAAUACAUGACAUUGUAAGGUUGGCACCGUUCAAUGUUGAUUAAACGGUUUAUGCUGUACAUCCAAUCUGCAAACAUGUUCAUGUCGGUAAAAUCUUAUCUACUAAUCUACCUACUAUCACAAUCAAAUUCUCAUAACCAGAAUUGGGAGUGCACAAAAUAUCAGACCAAAAUAUUUAAUUGUAUUUAUGAAUCAUUUAUUAUCCUAAGAGAAGAGAAGUUCAUUAGCAAGUAAAUGAGUGAUAAUCGAUUUGAUAUGCAAUAAUAAUUAAGUUUUAAUACACAGAAUGAAAACAAAAAUACUUUGAUCUCCAGUAUAGUUUAGGAAUUGGAUCAUUAUGCUGCAGCAUUCAUGAUUAGAAUUUUAUAGAGGUAUCAUCUCAAAUAUUCAGAAAAUACGCUUUGGUUGGACACUUGAAAUAGUUAAGUUAGAAAUUGCAAGAUGAACCAACUCUUAUAGAAGACUAAGAAUUCAAAGCGCUUUAUCAAUGGUCAUUGUAACAAAUCAGAAAUUUUGAUUCUGCAUCCAAGCAUGUUAUAACUAAGUUUAGAAUGAGAGGCUUGGCUGGCUAUUGUAAAUACGAUUUCUCUAUUUCAAGCUUUGCAAUAGGUGAACAAUAAUCUCGAUAAAGUUUUGAGUAUGCCUCUAGCCUACAUGGAAAGAGAGUUAGACCAAAACAAUGUGGAACCAGAAGAGGAGAAGAAGAACCUGGAAAUCAAAUAGAUUAUCCAUAAACAAUAGGAUGUAUAUAAAUAAAUUCUAUUUGAAAGGAAAAAAUUAAUUCUCAAUUAAAUUCAUUACUGCAGUAAAAGUUUUCAUUCAUAGAGAAAGAUAGUUGUAAUUAUAUUUCUUAUGAUUUUAUAUUCAACAGAAUUAAAACCAUUAGUUUCAUCACUUUUUGGCCUAUUGUAUACUUUAAAUAAUAGUUAAGACUUGAAUAUGACUUAAAAUGCUCAUUGGCAAACAUUAAAAUCGUAUAUCUAAGAGUCACACCCUUAAUAACUACAAGAGAUAUAGGAAUCGAUACUAAGAAUAGUAGGUAAUAAUAACAAAUGA